AUGGAGGAGCGCGGCCCACCGGACGUGCCACUGAUCGUGUCGCCGCCGUGCGCCGGCGCCGGCGGCGCGGCGCUCACCACCUCGCGGCGCGCUGCCUCCGCCCGCGGCUCUCGCGAUGACCCGCCGCCCUCCACGUGGCGCUCCUCGGUGCGUGUGCGUGACACCGGUUUCCGUGGCUCACGCAAGAGUGUCGUUCGCCUCGAACCGCCCUGUAAUGGCCUCAACGGGUUGCCUGCCAUCGGCAAGGAGGUACUGUCUCUGGGUGCGACGGGUGGCCACAAGGGAACCACGCAGCCUUCUCACCCCUGCACUAUCCUCCACCAUUCUCCUUACAAGGCCGCUUGGGAUUGGUUGAUCCUAAUAUUGGUGAUCUACACGGCGAUAUUUACUCCGUACGUGGCCGCCUUUCAACUAAAUGAGCCCGACUUUGAUAAACGUUCCCGCAGCUUCGGCGAAGAUCCCAUAGUUGUCAUCGAUAUGAUAGUGGACGUUACUUUCAUAAUAGACAUCCUAAUAAACUUCCGCACAACGUACGUUAACGUGGCGGAUGAAGUGGAGUCGGACCCCGCCAAGAUCGCCAUGCACUACCUGCGAGGCUGGUUCCUCAUUGACCUUGUCGCCGCCAUCCCGUUCGAUCUCCUACUCUUCGGCACCGACACCGACGAAGGGCUGGAAAGUGAUGAGGUAUACCAUCUUUGUGAACUAUUUUUAUGUUGCUGCCACUCAAUUUUAUUAUAUUUUUAG